ACCAAACAAAGAAAGGAGAACCCUAGAGAAGGCACAACAGCACGAUGCCACCCUAAUAAAUAGAGUUCCAGAGUCCACAUUCACUCUCACUGAAACUUUACUCUAAAACAUGGAGCUUCUCAGUACGAGCCUUCCCCACCCCAUUUCCACUCUCCCAACCAUCAGGUUCUUCGGCCCAAUUCCCUCUCUGCCUCCCCGUCUCCGCGCACCGCCUCUUCCUCGCUCCACCAACCGUGGCCUUCGCUCUCGGGUUUUAUAUUUUAAUAACCCGUUGCCUAAAGCAACAACAUCCGAGGAAACCUCCUCCACUGGUCCGAACCGAUUUUACGGGAAGGAUCGCGACGGCGUGGCGACAUUGGAACAAGUUCCGGCGGUUGAGAAGAAUACGUACAAUGAAAAGCUGCCACCGGAAGAUCCUAAAGAAGAAUUAGCUGCCGAUGAGGAAUCGCAGAUGUUUGAGUUUUUGGAGAAAUUUAAUAUAAAGCUUGACUCUGAAGAUGCAUAUUCAAUUAUAUUAUAUGGAAGUGGUGCCUUGGUUGCUUUGUGGCUAGCUUCAACGCUUGUCAGUGCUAUUGAUUCAAUUCCAUUGUUCCCUAAAUUGAUGGAAGUUGUGGGUCUUGGCUACACAUUCUGGUUCAGCUCCCGUUAUCUGUUAUUCAAGAAAAACAGGGAGGAGUUGGCUGCUAAAAUCGAAGAGCUUAAGCUGCAGGUCCUUGGCUUAGAUGAUGACUGAUAUAUUGAGAUUUGUUAGUUGCAUGGAAAGAUGAAAUGCAGAGUUGGGUAUUUUCUCUAGUUGAUAUUUAGGCACCUAGUGAACAAAAAAAGUCAAGAACCAGACUACGCAAAGCAUCAAGAUAAAGAUUUAUUGGUUUGUUCUUCUAUCUAUUAAUGCACCCUACGAGUAUGCAUUUACUUUGUUCAUUAGCAAUGUUUAUUUAAAUACAAUCCCAUACAAUUUCAGGAAUGUUUCCUUCAGGAAAAGGGCAAAAGAAAAGGUUUGAUUUCAAUGCUCAACCCUAGUUUGUUAAAAUUUUUGCAGUUGUCGAUCAACAACUGGUUUUCUGGUUCCAAUAAUCUUUGUAUAAAUUGGUUUCUGAUUAAAUAUGAACCAAGCUUGAUGGGGGAAUCAAUAAACACCAUAAAUUGUAAUAGAUCAAGAAUGAGUUUAUGAUUGUAAUCAUCAUAGUUUCCUUUAUCAAUUGGACUAACGUGAAUCUAUAAUUACUGUAUUAAAAUUGUUAAAGGGAUUGAAGAAAUUAGUUAAAAUGGUUGAAAAUUGAGGAUUUUAAGGGUCACAUGGCAUGUCCAUGAGACGUGUAAGGCCAUUUUCAUUAGUCAUAAGCUCCCAUUGACGACAUAAGCAGGAAAACAAUGUUUAUUUAUUUUUCUUACCAAUGAAACCAAACUAAUUAAU